AUGGCAGACCUACUCAAACUUGCCUCCACGGCUGGGGAGCGCUUCACGCGCAACCUGGGCAAUUCAUUUGCAGAGAUGUCUCUCCAGAAAUGGAUCCGCGUGGUCAUUAUCGUCGGCGCAUACCUCCUACUGCGACCAUACCUCAUCAAGCUCGGCGCGAAGCAGCAAAUGAAGGCUCACGAGAAGGAGGAGGAAGAGUCAGCCCGGGAGACUGCAGCGAAGAUAUCGGCGAAUGAGCUACGCGGACAGAAGCUCGCGAUACCCGAGGACAGCGAGAGCGAGGGUGAGGCCGAGGCGACGUCGGCGGACUGGGGCAAGAAGGCGCGCAGGAGACAGCGGGACAUGAUUAAGAAGAUGAUUGCUGUCGAGGAGAAGAGGUUGCAAGAGCUACAAGAAGACGAAGAGGACAAGGAUAUUCAAGAGUUUUUGACGGAGUGA